CCGAUCACGUGGUUCGAGCGGGUGAGCAUGCUGGUCAUCCUGCUGAACUGCGUCACGCUCGGCAUGUACCAGCCGUGCGCGGACGACGGCUGCGUCUCGGCCCGAUGCCGCCUGUUGCAGGUGUUCGACGACCUCAUAUUCGCCUUCUUCGCCAUCGAGAUGACCAUCAAGGUGCUCGCCAUGGGACUGCUAGGACGCAGCGCGUACCUGGCCGAGGCGUGGAACCGCCUCGACUUCUUCAUCGUCAUCGCCGGGGCCCUGGAGUACGUUCUGGACGUGGGCAACAUCAACCUGUCGGCGAUCCGCACCAUUCGCGUGCUGCGUCCCCUGCGGGCCAUCAAUCGCAUCCCGAGCAUGCGCAUCCUGGUGAUGCUGCUGCUAGACACGCUGCCCAUGUUGGGCAAUGUGCUGCUGCUCUGCUUCUUCGUCUUCUUCAUCUUCGGCAUCGUCGGCGUCCAGCUGUGGGCCGGCCUGCUGCGACAGCGCUGCUACCUCGUACUGCCCGACGACAACAUCUCGAUACCAAGUCCGAUAUCAUCGUACUACCAGGGUCUGGACGCCGAGAAGGACUUCAUCUGCAGCACGGAAAAGGACAACGGGAUGCACCGAUGCAACGGACUGCCCCCGCUUGUCCUGCCCUCGGGUCUGAUCUGCAACGCGUCGGCGCAGCCGCACAGCGCCAACGCGCCCACCAACGUGUCCUGCGUCAACUGGAACCAGUACUACACGAAUUGCACGGCGGGGGACAAGAACCCCUUCCAGGGGUCCAUCUCCUUCGACAAUAUCGGCCUAGCCUGGGUCGCCAUAUUCUUGGUGAUCAGCCUGGAGGGCUGGUCCGACAUCAUGUACUAUGUACAGGACGCACAUUCCUUCUGGGACUGGAUCUACUUUGUGCUGCUCAUUGUGAUCGGAUCCUUUUUCAUGAUCAACCUGUGCCUGGUCGUCAUCGCGACCCAGUUCUCGGAGACCAAGAAACGCGAGAUGGAGCGCAUGCGCCUGGAGCGUGCCCGCUACCACUCGAGCUCGACGCUGGCAUCGACGUCCGUCUCCGACUCCGGCUGCUACACGCAGAUCAUCAAGUACCUCACGCACCUCGGACGGAGGGCCAAGCGGAGGUUUCUGCGGUGGUACAGGAGGCGGAAGCGUCGCCGGGCACUUCCACGCAGCCACCCAGAAGCGCAGCUUGCGGGACCGGAAAUGGCCAUUUCUCCGGUAUCUGCCACGGGCGUUCACCACUCCCGCUCGUCCCGAUACCACCCGGACGACGGGUGUCCCCUGGACGAAUGCCACAGUCACUGCUCCUCUGAGUCGGGGUCUUCCUGCUCCUCGUCGCCAACACCAUCGGCGGCGGCGCUGCCCGCGCUGUUCGAAGAGACAUGCGACGAGGCGGCCGCGACCGAGUGCUGCCACAUGCUGGCCCUGCCACCGCACGCCAGUCCCGAAGUCUCGGACGUAGACUUGGCCGCGUCGCCCAGGAGGCCUUCCUGCCUCAGGGUCAACGCCGGCAGCUCAAACAACAACGCACCAGGUGUCCUGGACCCGCCUGCAGUGACGAUCGAGCACACUGGCUCCACCAGGACUUGCUCUGGGAAGAGUGUUUCUCUGCAAGCGCCCAUGACUCCCGAAGGCAGCAGCGAGCUGCGACCACUCGGGUCGGUGGCCAGCGGUUCUUCGUCGUCUCACCACCUGCCAACGACGACGGCCACCGGCGGCGGCGGCGCGACGUUGACGUGCGCUGAGCUGCUUGCCUUCAGCGGCGCCCAGAGCGCCGCGCUGGCCGCCAGCUUCGCCAGCAACUUUGCUAUGCACCGGUUCUACUCUACGCUCAGUAAAGGUACGAAGCAUUACUCAGCACCGCAGCUGACGUUCCACUCACACGGGGCAUCGCGGCACCGGUGCGCCAACGGCUCUCCGUCCCCGUCAUCCACCUCGUCGGCCUCCUCCUCGUCGGCGUGCUCUCGGCACCAUCGCCAUCGGCACCACCCGCACGACGACGAGCGCGCGUCGUACUCGUCCUCCAGCGGCACGGAGGACGAGGAAGACUCGUGGUACUCGGAGUACGAGGACGAGCUCUCCGGCGGCAGCGGGGGUACCCGGGUCCGCUACCGGGGUCCCUGCUGUCGCUUCUGGAAGGCGCGUCAGGCCCAGCUGAGGCGACUGGUGGGACACCAGUACUUCCAGAGGGGCAUCCUCACGGCCAUACUGGUCAACACGCUGAGCAUGGGAAUCGAGUACCAUGACCAGCCGCAAGAAUUGACCCUGGCUGUGGAAAUCAGCAACCUCAUCUUCACGGGCAUUUUUGGCCUGGAAAUGUUGCUCAAAAUUUUAGCUGAGGGAUUCCUCUCUUACAUCAGCAGUGGGUUUAACCUCUUCGAUGGUGUCAUUGUCAUCCUUAGCAUAGUGGAGCUCUGCCAGAGCAGUGGAAGUGGUCUCUCGGUGCUGCGGACGUUUCGACUUUUGCGAAUCCUUAAGCUUGUCCGGUUUAUGCCGGCGCUGCGACGACAACUCUUCAUCAUGCUGCGGACAAUGGACAACGUAGCCGUGUUCUUCGCUCUUCUGAUAUUGUUUAUUUUCAUCUUUAGCGUUCUGGGCAUGAACCUUUUCGGCUGCAAAUUCUGUGUCAAGGAACCUGACGGGACCGUGCAGUGCGAUCGCAAGAACUUUGACUCCCUCCUCUGGGCACUAGUUACCGUUUUCCAGAUCCUGACUCAGGAGGACUGGAACGUUGUGCUGUUCAACGGCAUGGAGAAGACCUCUCCUUGGGCUGCCCUGUACUUUGUGGCGCUCAUGACGUUCGGGAACUAUGUCCUAUUCAAUCUUCUCGUUGCUAUCCUCGUCGAAGGAUUCUCUGCCGAGGGUGACCGCAAGAAGAGCACGGAGGCUUUGAAGGACACUGCUGACACAGAGGCAGACGGUGAUAAAAAGUGCGCCUCACAGGACGCUGAAGAUGACCCAAAGGACAACAUCAUGAAGGAGACGCGGAUGUUGUCCCAGCCGGCAGCAUGUGGUUGCAAGGCAGACGGAAAUGACGAACCGGGACCUUUGCCAUGUGUGCCACCCAUCAUCACAAGAACGGCAGCCACUCCCCAGGGAUCCCCCAGUGCAACCCUGGAGAUGCCCUUGCGGGAGUUCGGCAACCGCCUGUCACCACUUACUGCAUUAUAUGUUCCGCCAUCAUCGUCAUCUUACUCAUCUGAAACAUCUGGACGAAUCACGCCCUCAGCGACGCCGAGACUCUCCCGCUCCCCGAGCAACCGCAGCUCAUCUAGCGGCGCGGCCGCUACGGGGGGCGGGGCAGCUCUGUUGCCCGUGCCCCGACCAGCCAGCGCCUUCAUCCGCAACGACGUACCGAGUCCGAGCAAUGGGCGACGUCGGAGGCGUAGUUGCGUCAGCCCAGCCCCAGCCCUUGCACGCAGGGGAAGCGGGUCAGCGAACGGUCGGCGUCGGUCCUCGGCCGACUCCGACACGGACUCUCUCCUGGACGCCGAGCUGACCAGUUCCCAGGACUCCUCCUGCCUGCUGGUGGUCUCGCCACCGCUCAACAAUGUGAUCGUCGGUCAGAACGGUGGCGGAAGCGCAUCGGCCUCUGACCACAGUCACUGCAAUGGGGGUGUGCUUCCGGGUCUCAACAACGGCGCGAAUGGAGCCUCCGUCAACAGCAACAACAACCACAACAACAGCAACAACCACCACCACCACGGCAACAACAGUGCCCACCGGCCAACUAGUUUACCCAAGCGUCCCAAUGUGCUCGCCAAGCAGAACAACAUGGCAGCUGCCGGGUGCACGAGCGCCUCGCCUCGGAACCACGAGCCCGUUGACGAGCGAGCAGAGGCGGCAGCUUAUCUGGCCCAGUCGCCCACAGUCAUCACUAGUGACUCCGGUGGGCGACCAACGUACAUGCCGCUUAGUCGGCAGAACUCCAUACAAAGCCAACACGGAGGAGGAGGCGGUGCCAGUGUCCUGGCGAGUCGACACAACUCACUAAGUGGCUCGGGAAUCUCCUAUGCCGAGACGAGGCACAACUCGCUCCUCGUCAAACCCAGUGGCAAGAAGAUCAGCACCGAAGGUGGCGCUGUGCUUCACGUCAAAGUGGACAACACUGCCGCAGCUGCGGCAACUCUGGUUUAUGGCGAGCGUGUCGUGAACGUGCCUAAGCUUUGCUGGUAUUUCGAACCGCAGUGGUGGAGGUGGUGCUUCGAAAAUCGUCAGGAUUAUGCACUGUUUUUAUUCCCACCAGACAGCAAAGUGCGCAUGUACUGCAAUCGGCUGACAGACGGCCGCUGGUUCGACUACACAGUUCUGGCGUUCAUCGCACUGAACUGCAUCACGCUAGCCAUGGAGCGGCCAAACAUUCCCCCGCGUAGCCUUGAGCGGGAACUGCUCAUAGCUGCAAACUACACCUUCACGGUGGUAUUUGCAUUCGAGAUGCUCGUCAAGGUGAUUGCCAAGGGCCUCUGGUACGGGGACAAGGCGUACUUCAAGAGCGGCUGGAACAAGAUGGACGGAGUGCUGGUCACCAUCUCCCUCGUCGACUUCCUCCUUACCUUCGUUGCCGACGGAAGCCCCCGCAUAUUUGGCAUCCUUCGCGUCUUUAGGCUGCUCCGAUCACUCAGACCCCUCAGGGUUAUCAAUCGUGCACCUGGACUCAAGCUGGUGGUCCAGACCCUCAUGUCCUCCCUGAGGCCUAUCGGAAACAUUGUCCUAAUCUGCUGCACUUUCUUCAUCAUCUUUGGAAUCCUUGGAGUCCAGCUGUUCAAGGGCUCUUUUUACUUCUGCGAAGGGCCAGACGUGAAAGGCGUGCGCACGAAAGAAGACUGCCUGGAGAGGGGUAUGGCGUGGACAAACAGAAAAUACAACUUUGAUCAUCUAGGCCAGGCGCUGAUGGCCUUGUUUGUCCUGUCCUCAAAAGACGGUUGGGUAAACAUCAUGUACUCAGGACUGGACGCCGUCGGAGAAGGCAUACAGCCCGUCGAGAACUACAACGAGUGGCGGCUGCUGUACUUCAUCUCGUUCCUUCUCCUGGUGGCCUUCUUCGUGCUGAACAUGUUUGUGGGCGUUGUGGUGGAGAACUUCCACCGUUGCCGUGAAGAGCAAGAGCGCGAGGAGCGGGCCCUGCGCGCCGCAAAGAGGGCUCGCAAGCUGGAGAAGAAGCGGCGUCGCAUGCGCGAGACGCCCUACUAUGCGGGCUAUUCCCGCCCGCGCCUAUUCACCCACAAUAUCGUCACCAGCAAGUACUUUGACCUCGCCAUCGCUGCCGUCAUUGGACUUAAUGUGGUCACCAUGGCCAUGGAGUUCUACCGCAUGCCCCUGGAAUUGGAGUAUGCCUUGAAGAUCUUCAACUAUUUUUUCACCGCCGUUUUCCUACUGGAACUUUCUAUGAAAGUGGUUGCACUUGGCAUCCCUCGAUACCUCGCUGACAAAUGGAACCAACUGGACAUUUUGAUCGUCAUCCUGUCCAUCAUGGGGAUUGUCUUGGAGGAGAUGAAGUCGGACCUGAUUCCUAUAAACCCAACCAUAAUACGUGUCAUGCGUGUACUUCGCAUCGCCCGAGUGCUGAAACUAUUGAAGAUGGCCAAGGGAAUCCGUGCUUUGCUGGAUACCGUGAUGCAAGCGCUUCCGCAGGUCGGAAACCUCGGCCUGCUCUUCUUCCUUCUUUUCUUCAUCUUCGCUGCACUUGGCGUCGAGCUCUUUGGCAGGCUCGAGUGCGACGAAAGCCACCCAUGUCAAGGCCUCGGAGAGCAUGCACAUUUCCACAACUUUGGAAUGGCCUUCCUCACCUUGUUCAGAGUCGCUACAGGAGACAACUGGAACGGCAUCAUGAAGGAUACGUUACGCGACGAGUGUGACUCGAGGAGUGACUGCGUCCGCAACUGCUGCGUGUCGGCGGUGAUUGCACCACUGUACUUCGUGGUGUUUGUGUUGAUGGCACAGUUUGUGCUGGUCAACGUGGUGGUGGCGGUGCUUAUGAAGCACCUGGAAGAGUCGCACAAGCAGGCCGACGACGAGCUGGACAUGGAAGCUGAACUCCAAGAGGAGAUGGAACAGGAGGAGAGGCAACUGCUUGAGGCCAAGAACAAGCUGGCAAUGGAGGCAAAGUUAGAGCUCCACAGGCCCAUUGUGAAGAUGUCAUCAUUGCCAGCCAAUUUCACAUUUUAUUUCCAGUGUGAUGAUGCUGGCGGCGAGUCCACGUCAUCAACGCUACCGGUAAUCAACAUCUGCAUUCCAGACCAACCGGACGUCAUGUCCAGAGAAAAGAGCUUCUCAUCGUCAUCAUCCUCGGGAGUCGGACCUGAAGACAUCGAUGUCAUCAACGUUGAGCUUGCCUGUGUUGAAACAACGGCUCCUCCACCCGACAUCAACCUUCGACGCGCAUCACCCGACAACGGAUCGACCGACAAAGUGGCCGUAGCAGACUUACGCUCGUGCGCCCUCAAAUCUGAAAACCUGCAAAUGACCACGUCGACUGACGAAAAAGAUCCCCGCGAGGAGUCCGUGGAGCCGGGGUCAGGCGACUCUUUUGACUCCGAACAGUCCGGCGAGCCUCCGCAGGCGUCCACGUUCACCAGCGGAAGCACAUCCCCGUCCGAUGAAGAGUCGGAAACAACGAGCACAUCCACGUCAAAGCUUCGCUACCUGCUCCCGAAUUACCCCGAACUGAGCAAGGCUGUCGACCCCGAUUCAAGCGAGUCGACAUCCUGGACGUUUUCGGCCGAGCUUCCGUCGUCGCUGCGGACGACGGUGGGUGCGGACGCGACCGAUGAUGAAAACGAAGAUGCUGACGCCAGAACGCCAACGGCUACAGCGCUCGCUGCCGGCGACACGGCGACUGUGGCGCCCGUUGUUGUUGUCGCCGAGGAGAACAAUGGCGACCUUGUUGCAAUCCAGCCCGGAAGUGACUCCGCGUCGUGACCGUGGCGUAGUCUCACCUCUUAGAGAACCAGUUGUAAUUAUAUCUCGUGCCGUGUGAAGUACCUGCUGCGCCGUCUGGUCGAGUGGCAUAGAGAAACGCCGCAGGCAGCCAUGUUUCUGCAGGAAGACACCUUCACAGCACAUUUACUGUCCCCAGCACAGUGCUCUCAGAACUCUAUUGUUUGUCAACUAUGACACUUUCUCUUCUGCGCGGGUGAAAAAAGUGCGGGGCACACCGAGUCGCGCCACAAGCUUGGCUCUGUGCUCUGUGCAAAGAAAGAAGGACCUCGAGGGAAAACUCUUGUUAAGCCGAGCUUGUGUUUCCACUACCAACAUUCUUUGUUUCCAUAGUGUUUUUGCUCCUUCGGAACCGUUUGCUGACCAAGCUACACGCAAGAGUCGUAUGAAUGAGUCAUGCGAGGUGCCUGCCACGUUAGCCUCAUUUCAAUUGCUAUUGUUUGUCUGUUUGUUCGACUGUCAUUUAUUGUGAGCCGUGGUGACACUGAUAUUACUGUCCAGCCAAUGAGUGGAAUUUUUCGUUUUCUACUGAGAUCUUUUCUUCUUUCUGUACUGUCGUAGUCACAAUUGCAGCUGCGCUAGUUUCAUGCCCAUGAGUGACUUUUUGUUUGUUUUUUUCGCAGCCACCUCACCCGUGUCAAAAUGCAUUUGUCCGAAGGCCCAACUGUUCCAGCAGUUUUUCAUACAAAGAAAUGCCAGAGGCGUGACAUUUUCAUUCACUCCAUCUUUAACUGGCCGACAACUCAUUUGCGCAGCAUUCGUGCGGGGUAGACAGUUUGCCGGAAACGAAGCUUUUUGUUGUAGCUUAUGUCGCACCGGACUUAACCAUUUACGUUGUCGACCCUUGCUGCACCACUCAGCUGCACGUCUUAGAAACUGUUCUACAAGCUCGUACGUGUUUCGUCUGCUCAACUACGAACGCUAAAUAACUAGUAGGCCUUCAGUCGACCUUCGUGCGGGCUCGGCAGUCUCUUCUUGCUCCUUAGAACAAAGCCUGAAGAAAUAUCCUUUGGCAUCUUGGUUUCCGACUUUUUCAGUAGAGGAAUGACAAAAUAGUGAACAGAGAUAAGACCGUAGAGCGAAUAGGAGGAAGAGAAAGCAGGUGUGCUUAGAUUUAAAACCCUGCGUGUUGAAGCUGCUUGUAUUUUUUCACAACCCGUGUUGUUAAAACCAGCCCACAUGUGCCAUGCUAAAAGUGAGUCGACUCACUUUUUUAAAAAAAAAAAGAUGUCUGUUUCUGCCAAUAUAAGGUAAGGCUAGUAGUCCCGAGAAUGGUGCUGACCUUGCCCCAUGUCACACUCACCAGCAAUCAUUUAUGUAUACAAUACAUAUAUAUAUCAUAUAUAUAUCUUUAUCGUCUUUCAGUUUUCUUUAAAAGUAGUGUGGAAUCAACUAGUAACACUUUUGUUUCUAGCAAGACGAUGAAUUAUGUCUAUUAAUCAAGGGUGUGGAAGCAUUAGGCAGUUUUCUAAAUGUUGCCAUUCGUUUGCCCCAAUAGAAAACAGUGCACAACCAAGUGGGUAGUGCGCCUGCAAGUGCGAGUGGUAGAACGUCCCGUGUACAGUAGACAAGAGUGUAUCUUGUUUCAAAUGUUCCGCUGCCACGUUUGCUUGAAACCCGCUCGGGUCCAGAAAGCUUGGGAUCGCUCGGAACCAAGCAAAUGAAUGUUGAAGAAACAACAACUUUCAUUAGCCUGAAGUUUGUUGAGAAGGAGUCGCUGCCUCAUUUGAUGUGCUUAACAGAAUAGCGGCAGCAAGCCACUGAUGUCUUUUAUGAAAGUUCGACACUUCUGUCGAGUAUUGUAGCUCUAUUGAGCAGCACAAAUCGCAGAUAGAAAACCGAAAGGCUCAGCUGACUCUAAUGAUGUUGUAUAUGGUUUUAACAUGAUGUGUAACAGUAUCCAGUCGUGCACUCAACAAUUGAUCGAAAGGCAAACACAUCUCUCUGCGAGAAAUUUCGCAGUACAUUGCCAUCCCUUCGAAUGGGCAACUCGCCCAAAGCUCAAAGAAAAGUUGGGAACUCCAGCGAAGCUUUGUGAUCAAACGUUAAGCUCUCGAUCUCGCGAUCUUGCAAAAGCCUUGCCAACUUGCACAUCUGCAGUUUUUCUUUUUCUUUCUUAAAUAGAAAUGCCUGGCUUGAGUUUGCAAGUAGGCAAUACAUUCAGCACAGAAAUUUUCUCAAGUCAUAGAGUGCUAGCUGUUGACCAUUUCGUUUAGCCAUUUCCAAAAUUAACGUUCUGUCAUGCUUUUGUCAGCUGUAAAACAAAAACAAAAAAUAAGGAGGCAACGGCGUGAGACAAUUUCACGGACGACUGUGCCAAUACCAUUCUUUUCCAGAACAGCAACUUAGUGAGUUUAGAGACGUCAAGAUGAAAAUUAGCUUUAGAAGGCCAGCCAUCGUUGCAUCUCCGUGAAACCAAGGUGCCAUUAUCUGGGUCCCUCAGUUUCUAGACUCUAUAGAGCAGCAUUUCUUUUUUUCCCCCCCAACUUUGAACCCAAGUUCGCAGUCACCACAAUAGAAAAAAAAAAAGAAUACACCGCACGCCACAUUGCAUAAUUUUACCUCACACGUACCCGCAUGCACUGCAGCUCAGAUGUCACACCGACACUUUCGUAAUCGUCACCAUGUAACCAUGCGCGCAGGCAAGUGGAGGAGACAUCCAACCACCGAGUCAAAAACGAAACUAUACGCUAGAUCGUCUCAUCAUGUACAUUAAAACACACAGAAGAGCUUUCCCCCGCCUCAUCGAAGCAAGAGGUGCAGUGGAGUCUCUAGAAGUUUGAUAUAAAAUGCUGAUGACGUUAAGAAUUCACGAAGCAAACAAGUUUUCUUUUUUUUCGUUGCUGUAAAACAAAACACUGUGAAAUCUCCCCCUUACCCCCUUCCUCUUGAAGAAAGGCUUAUAGGUGUCUCAAUAGCGAUGACGAAAGAAAAAAAAAGGGAAGCGCAUCUUCUAGUUUCAUUCGUGCCAUUGUUGUUACAAACGAGCAUUUGCCGAAAUCCCACAGUGGUGUGUCGGGUGACUCGAAACGCAGAAUAUUGUAUGCAAGCCAAGGCCACAGAGCGAAGUCGCUUUCUAAUGCGGGGACGACAGGAAUUCCCAGGAAGGAUACCAACACCCUUUUUAUAUGUGCAUGUUUAUCGCCGUUGUCACGCCCUACCCGACCUGCCAUACCCUGCUGGUUCCCAGCAAAGCACGUGUGCCGUGCACUUUAUGCGCUGUCGUCGCUUGCGUGUCGUUACCUUCCUAGAUUUGACGCUGCCACCGUCGCCUGCAGCAGCAGGUCGGUGGCGCUGCAUUUUCAUUACUUUCAUCUCGCACCGCAAAUCCUGAAAUCGCAGAUGUGUGCGUUCGGGGUUAUCAACCAGGCUUGACCCCUGCAAAGCAUUGCGAAGGAAAGCGGUUUUCCUGAACUUCCGACGCAAACGGAGCGCGCACUUCCGCUACCUCACCUUCUUUCCUCAUUGAAUACAUACAUAUAUUUUUUUUUCUUUCUUUCCAAGCAUGUGUGCGUAGGCCUGUCCUUCGAAGAGUGCUUAGCGAAUGCGUACUGUUUUAUGUGGCGUGUUCAACUUUGGUGCUUUCCGCAGCACUGUUUUGAGUCGCUGGGCGAAAACGCCAAGACAGUUUUGUGCGCUCACGCGAUUGUAGCUCGUCUCGACGCCACCCACCUUAGAGCACGCCAUAAACCAAUCGCUCACAGUCUCCGUCACUCAUUGAAAUGUGGUGCAGAAGUGCGGUUUUAGCUGCCAGAAUGUUACGGCAAGGGAGGCUUUCAUCCACGUAGAUAGAAGCCUACUAGACCUCAGGAAACAUGCAGGGCUUUCCCCCACACAGAGGCCAUUUCCACGAUAUUUCUGCAUGAAUAUAUACUUAACGAAAUAGUGCAAGGAGCGUUCUCUUUCGCAUAAUAGACACUGAGCAAGAGACGUAGGUAUUAAACACAGAUUAUAUGUCAGCUGCAAAACCAAAUUAUACCAAGUUAUAAAAAUUGAAGCUCGAACGAGAACAAAGGCUUGUCAGGACUUCAGCUGUCUACUAUUGCGUGGACUUUCAACGUGGAAUAGCUCUGUAGCGAAAUUUAAAGGCAUCCCGCAAUCCCAGAAAAAUUAUGCGUGCUAGUUGUUUUAACUCUUUCGCGUUUGAAUUCAUGCCUAACAGUGCAUUCUUCCAGACCUGAAAGCUAGGGAGCUUCAUAAAGACUUACACGGAUUGUUACCUAGUUAAAAAGUGUUGCCUGUUGUCGUUCGGCGAAAAAUUCUCUCAUGCAACUUGUUUUCCGUCGUCGAAACAUCGACCCUCGACACAGUCCAUGUAAAGAUACGCCUUUGGCCAACGUAGCCUCCUCCAAUUGUUGGCGCAAAUGACACCUCCUAGGGACCACUCCAUCCUUGUUGGCACAUUUCAGUUGGUGUAUUUAGGAGGGCUUAAGAGAGACCACGAGCCUCACCGAACACCAAGUGGCCACCUCUUUUCAGGCUUUCGCUACGUGAUACUAGGAUUCCCCAUGUGCCUCACACUAGACUCACAACUACACAUCGUUACCAGCUCUGCCAUGUUUUUAUGUCACAGCAGUGUUGCAUGCGAUGUUUUAUUUUUUUUUUCUUUUAGGCCACUAGCAUUUCUACUAAUGACUUCAUCAUGAUGCCUCAAGUGUUGAAACCAGUCUCUGGUCAUCUGCUGUCAGAUUCAGGGUCAAUUCUCGCCAUUACAGUUGGGCACAUCCCAUAUUGAAGGCAUUGAACUUAAGUAAUGUCGACUCCUGUCAAUUCAACAUUCUUGGAGGCCACAUGGUUACGCUUAAAAUAUCUGAAUACGGUGCCCUCCGAGGAGUAAUUGGGGGCUCCAGCAUGCCUGCAGUGUCAUUUGUCAUGAUUAUGUAAAUGAUCGUGCAUAACUUGCGAAUUUUCUACAAGACACGGCACAUAAACAACACUUGCCUUUGGCUGGAUCACUGGCACCACCUUGCAGACAAGCCAUCCUUCGUACACAGCAACCCUAGUAUUGCAGCUGAGCCCAUCAAUGAACACGGUGAUUUCAGUGUUGAACAUGAACACAUUAUUGAUUGGGCAAUUUUCUUAUAUUCGCAGAAAAUGAUGUCAAUGAUGUCUUAGAUUAGGAAACAUUGAUAUAAGCAAAAUAUACAAUAAUCCAAGCAGCAUAUCUUAAAUUCACAAUAAAUUAAGUAAAAAAUUAGGUAAUUUACAUAUAAAUUGAAAACUUACAAGGCCAAGCAGCAUGCCAAAUACUGUUCAGAUCAGCGGGUACUUCUGAACUAUGAAGUACAUUGCGAAGUAAACCUUUCAGGGUAUGCCGAUUUCGCCAAACAAAAUGACACCUCAGUGCUUUUGAUGACAAUUUCUUUCUGGCACUCCUUGCAUUGGCUAUACCUUUAACCUAUUACUCUUUCGCUCCAAACGGACAGAGUUGAUGCGAAAGAAAAAUCUAGAUGCCAAGCACAAUGCAUGAAAGUUCGCUUUACAAAGACCUUUUCACACAGCUCAUUGCUAUGCAACACUGGUGUUUGAAGUGUCGUGAGUUGUGCGCGCCGAGCACACACGCCUCGUGAUGUCUCACGGGUGCUCGAAUCGCAUUUUGAGUGUUGCAACGCUGUUGUAGCCGAACCUCAACAUCUUCGAAUGAACUCCUCUUUGAAAUCGCUUUGUCGUAGCCCCUCGUUUGUACAUAGUGUUCACUGCCUACGUUCCCGAACUGUGAUGUUGCUAAAAUGUGUGCUGUCUUGCUGGAACUAAAAAGCGCUUGACAUUUGUCGCGAGCCAUCAUUUGUAAAUAAGCAACCCCACCUUGCAAGUCCAGCAGCUUAGUAAAACUGGGAAACAGUUGAUGGACGGUGUUUGCUUUUCACUCAAAUUCCAAUGAGUGGUGCUGUUCAAAUGAAAAAAAAAGAAAGAAGACGACUUUUCACGGUUUGUUUCUCAAACAAUAGGGUAGUGAACUACCAGAACACCAUGCAUGUAGGUUAAUUCUACUAUGAAUAUUGUUGUGACGGGACAUAGCUAGUCUGCGAAACGCAUAUUGUGACUGCCUUGUUUGUUGAUAUCCGUCACUUGGUGUCUAGACAGUGAAUUUUAGUUGCGCUACUUGAAUGUUGAGACUGUCCAAAGUGUUCAAGUAGUGUGUAUGACACUUGCCUUUGUACAACUUGGAGGCUGCAGUCCGACUUCCAUCCCCUCGGAGACCCUCCGGAAGCGCGAUCCGACUGGCUGGCAUGGCAGAGGCAAGAGAGCCCAUUCAUGACACACCGCAAAAAGCAUACAAGCAUCGACGUCGAGCCAUCUCACCCCGCUUUCAGUAGCCAUCUCUCUGCAAUACAAUAGUUCUGCUGACCAAUUGGACAACUCCUCUCCAUUAAUGCAAUGAAAUUUUGUAAAGCAGAAUAGAACGAAGUUAGACGUAACGGUUCUAGAAUUAUUUUUGCAUAAGUUUUUCGCAUGCAGUCAUAGCAGCCUUUUUUAACAAGUUAAUGUUCACAGGAUGAUGAAUUCACUGAGAUAACUUGAAACAAGAAAUUUAAUUCAGUGGAUCCAUUGUUUUAAAAAGCCUUCUCUCACAACCCUCAUUGUUUUGACAUUUUUGACCAUUGUUUUGACAAGCCUUCCUCUUUCAUGACCCUGAUGAACCUGUCAUAACAUUGCCUCCAGAGGCAACCCUUGACCAAACAUUACCCAUACCGUUCUGGUGCAGCAUGUUGUUGCACAAGUAAGGUCUCUUAGGCACUUCCAUGUAAGUGGUACGUACGUAGCAUCUGAGAUUAACAUUUAUUAACCCACUGGAUGCCAAAACCAGCAAAGUGUAGGGUGCAAAAAAAAGGGCGAUGGUGCUGAAGCCACCGAUUCAGUGGGCAGAAAGCGCUCUUGGAUUGAGAAGUUAUUCGUAGAUGGCACAACAGCAAACAUAGACAGGAUGAGCUAGAAAUGUCAAUAGUACUAGGCAAAUUACAUAGUUAAUUUUUUUAAAAACCUUGUGAAUGUAAUUCAACACGAAUGCAAAUUGAAACAGUGCUAUGAGAAUUUCCCAUGUUAGAUCAUUCCUGUGAGCCCCAUAAUAUAUCCAUUAUGCCGUUUUGAAGUUCAGUACAAAAAUAAAACAAAAGUGAAAGUAUGGAGAGAAGAGGGAUAAGUAUUAGUGAAAGGCACAGUACAGCUUUCCAUCUGCCCAAAUGUUUCAAACUAGCCCACAGAAAAAUGAAUCUGACAGCUAUGGUUCUGAAUUGAAACACGCUUCUUAUGGCAAAAAAAAAUAAUAAAUUCUUCGCCACUUCAACAAUUUAAGGUUGUAGAAAAUUGGAUUACACAAUAGUGGAUGGAAGAAUAGUGCAUGUAGAAGGCAGAAAAAUAAAUAAAUAAUCUAGAGAAUGGGAAAUGUCAUGUGUGGUAGCCAACGGGUCAACAGAUCCUACAUUUUUUGUAGGGUGUGGCAAUAACCAGUGAAAACACAAAGUUUGCAGGAUAUGCCAGUGCAUGCAAGUCGCCUCUCGUUACAUUACUUUUGUAGUGAUUCAGCUACCAGCACUGACCUCCGGUUGCCUCCAGGAGUUGGAGAUCGGAACACUGAUUCCAAAACGUCCAUGCAUAUUCCAAAAUGGUCUGGAUUCGGUAUGGCUUAGCUGCACAGACUAGCCUUGUGUCACACUGACACGAACCACGCAAAAGCUAGACUUGUAGUUUCAAACCUAAACUGUGUCGAAAGACGACCGCAUGAUUGUGCAGCAGCUGUUUAACGCCCACAUGUACAUGCCAACAUAAUUGAAGUGCUUCAAAGGAACAUGAGGCAAGGUGACCAGAUUCUUCUCAUAAACAAGAAACCCCAUACCUCCACCCCAUCCCCCCCCCAUAUCUGCAAGGAAAAAAGUGUCAUCAGUAUUAAGAUUUCUAAUGAGUGCACAUGUAGCAUACUAUGGUAAGCACAUUCGGGUAUGCGAGAUGCAGAGUUCUGUACAGGCGUUUCAAGUCUUCGCGUACCCUUUUCCAGUGCCGUCAUGUUGCUUCACAUAAAUCUCGCUCAACCAGCUUUUCUCUACACAAAAACCGCGUAAUGAAAAGGGUCACCCGCCACCGUCAACUUGCCUUACUGCCUUUAGCCUGUUCGCCACGUGUCUCGCAAAGCUGGCAAUCGCCGUUUGCGAGCCCUUUUCCCCGAUUGUUUCAAUGCUCCCUGCUUAUCGGCAGAGACGUUCAGUUGCACGCCGAGAGACAGCACCCGGCCGGGUGCAAGAAUUCCUGCGCAACACCGGACAGCCUUUCCGCGGAAGUGUACACUACUUGUCGAGAAGCGACGUCGUCAAUCGAGCCUGCAGUUCUGCGAGGGUCACGGCGAAAGCAAGUGUCGAAUGUAAUUGAAAAUAGUCGACACGACUGUUUCGCUGCCCUUGAUGGUAGCAGUGACCCGAAUGUUGAAAGACGUGUCUGAAGGUGCGACUCGCUCUGUGGCAGAGGCGAGUAAGCUGUGAUCCUGUUAACUCAAACGAGAGAUGUGUCGCUGGGGGAACAAGUCUUUUCUUUCUUUUUGUUAUGUCAUUAUUAAAAUAACAAAUUCCGCAAGCUCA